AUGCAACUCACAAACCUGCUUUGGACCAUGGGGCUCCUGGCUAUUGGAGCCCAGGGAUUACCACUCAGCAACACACCCGGUGCCCUUGAUGCCAGUGUCCAGCGCAGCGGCGAUAAUGUUCCUCAAGUCCACAAUGACCUCAGUCACGAACAUAUUAGUGGAGAUCAUCGACCCGGAAAGAAUGCUGAAGCCGACCAGGGAUAUGAAGGCGCGGCGAAGCGCCGUUCCCCAAGCAAAGAUGCGGAUCAGGGCUACCAUGGCGGUCCCGCCGGCCCAAGAAGUCUUGAUGCCACUCGCGCUUCUAUGUACGGCGUUCCACAUGAUGCGCAUCAGGAGGCGGACCAGGGCUAUGAAGGAGCUGCGAAGCGUUCUGGUAAAGAUGCGGACCAGGGCUACGAAGGAGCUGCGAAGCGUUCUGGUAAAGAUGCGGACCAGGGCUAUGAAGGAGCCGGCGCGAAGCGUCUUUCUUCUGGUAAAGAUGCGGACCAGGGAUAUGAAGGUGGUAUUGCCUGA